UUCUGCUCAGCUCAGAGUUCGGCGGUAAAUGCUCUGCAGCAAAACCUCGUGAGUUCAACAUCUUCAUUCUCCAAGGUGUGUCCGGUGGGCUCUGUUCGUGUCGUGAUGGGGUCUUCAUCAUCAUCAUCAGUGGUCCUCCUCCUGCUGUCCUCUCUCUCCAUCGCUCUGGCCUGUAAUAAAGCUCUGUGCGCCAGUGACGUCAGCAAGUGUCUCAUUCAGGAGCUGUGUCAGUGUCGUCCAGCUGAUGGGAACUGCUCGUGCUGUAAGGAGUGUAUGUUGUGUCUGGGCUCUCUGUGGGAGGAGUGCUGCGACUGUGUGGGCAUGUGUAACCCGCGCAGCAUGAGUGAGUCUCCAGCGACGGGCAGGAGUACGGUGGAGGAUCUGUUCCAGCCCAUCCCGUCUCUGUUCCGCGCGCUGACGGAGGGCGACGCUCCCACACACACACUGGUGCUGACGCUGCCGCUAGCAGAGGAGCUGCAGUACCAACACAACCUGCACAACUACCUGGAGACGCUACACAACACACAACACAACAACACAACCUCUGUGCCCGAGAACAGCAUCCACAGCA